UGUUCAGUUGAAGUCGGGAUGUCGGCCAGAAGGGAUAUAUUAUUCGCAGUGGGCCUGUGCCUUAUGUUCAGUUUACUGAGCAUUAAUGCUAGGUCAUUGGAGGAAACCUCUGUCAAGACGAAACGCGAUACCGACUGGUGGACUAUCCUCGAGGAUAUACUCUAUGACAAUGAUAGUGAUAGUGAUGAUGCCGAUGAUGAGAACGUUUUGAUUUGUCAUAACUGCACGGUAGUUGUGCAAGCUGCUCCAAAUGCGACAGCGGAUGGAAGCACUGCAGCUCCGCAGGCAGCUGGAGCAGCUCCAGGGAGUUCACCAGGCGCGCCUGCAACUCCUCCUGGCUCGACUCCUGGAGCUCCAGCCCCAGUUGCACCCGAAACGCCUGCUCCGUCGGCACCUGCGACAUCGCCACAACCUGCAGUAACUGCCCCACCCACAGGUGCUCCACCCACAGCUGCUCCUGGUGGUUAGAUUAUCUUAUCCCUACCUUAUAACACCUCUCUAACACUAGCUAUUAAGUGGGAUUUGGUAUACGAUAAUGUUGUCCAUGGGCUAACAACCCAGCUCGAAUAAAACAGACAUUCAUUCCGUUUGAGCCAUAAA